AUGGACAUAUUCAUCACAAACGUGCCCGAAGAUGCAAACCAUGUCGAGUUGCAGAUCUUCCUGAAAGACACGCUGCUCAGGCUGGAUGUGCUGGUAUUCGAGAUUAGAAAGUUUCGGGGCCGCAAUGGGGACUCAUACGCUAUCCUCACGAUUCCGAGCACUAGCCAUGCGAACAGGUUUCUGCAGUUCUAUGGCAGUCGCGGACAACAGGUUCCUUUGUACCACCUGUUCUUCCAAGGCCGCAAACUCACAUGCAGGAAGAACAACAAACCUGGACAGCCAGAUCCGCUCAAGAUCCGGUCGUUACAGGAGAAGGACGCAGCCAUGAGGUCAAAAAUGGGCAGCCAAGCGCCCGCAGCACACACUUCGCGAGCUGGUAAAUCGACACUCUCGUUCUCGGCGCUCAUGCUGGGAGUAUGGGACUACGACAGCGAAGAAGCACUCUGCUUCCAGGAGAAAUAUAGGGACAAGAGACGAGGCUAUGUCACAUUUGGAAAGUCAUCUUUGGUGUUGUUUUUACAGGAGGAUGUCGACGAGCCUUACAACUGGCAUUGCAGGAUUGACGUGCCCUAUGCGAUCAUUGAACACGUUGUGCCAUCCUACAAUAGCGGAAAAGUUGGAAGAAAUGGCGCCAUUACCUUCACCCUGAAAUCCCCGCCAAAAUUCUAUAACAUCAAGUCCACCGACGAUCUACAUUUGUACACUGGCAAAGAAACUUUUCCGACUUCAAACAAGCUGCCAGAUUUGGCGUCACUCAGCUUGUACCCAAAGCAGAGGACAAAUCAACUCGAAAGACUUUGCGCGCUCGAUGCCCAGCGCACCAAAACCUCGGCUUUGUGCAUGGUGUACCAAAUCGCCUUCUAUGACACGCAAAGCGCUCAGCAUGCUUGGAACUUUGUAAAGGAAUAUUCAGUUCCUGAAAAGUAUUGCUGGAAGACUGUGACAUCUAGGACCCGUACUCAUACCAUGGAAGAGGAGUUUACGGUCGUUGAUGGCAAACUGAGCAAGUACGAUCCAUCCAUCCCGCUCGCCUUCGACUUUGCGACCCGCUACCAACUUGCAGCGCUCAUGUUAGAAGGCACCAUUACCCCUUUGCAGAUGAUCGACCUCAUACCCCGCAUUCACCGUAUCGCAAAGCAGCAUGGCGCAGAAUUUACUGCUGCUGCAGUCAAGCGACUAGGACAACAAGUACCUACGCCAGGUCCACACGUUGCAGCCAAGGCCUUCAAGAUGGACACCCUUGUAAAGCAUGUGCAGGAGAACAUUGAAGACUGCGCAAAUCGAGAGGCAGCUUCCCGUGAUUUGAAUGGAAAAAUAAAGAAGCACUCUCAUCUUGCUCUGACUUACAAAGCGACUGUAACACCCACUGGUAUGUGCAUUUUACUCCGGGGUCCGGAUUGGGAUGUGUCCAACCGCGUUCUCCGCAAAUACAAUAAAUAUACUGAGUACUUUAUGAGGGUCUUCUUCGCCGACGAGGAUGGACUAUCGGUAUUUCAUGACCCCCGCGCUUCCCAGGUGCAGGUGUAUGCACGUUUUCGUUACGCUCUUCAGGGCGGGAUCGUGGUAGCAGGGCGGUCCUACCAAUUCCUCGGUUUUUCUCAUGCCUCGCUACGCGGUCAUCAGGCUUGGUUCAUGGCACCUUUCUACAUGGAUGGAUCCCUGGUGCGAGCUCGGGAUGUUAUACAAGACCUUGGAGACUUUACACAUAUCCAAUGCAGCGCGAAAUGUGCCGCAAGGAUUGGUCAAGCCUUUUCCGACACAAUCUUCUCGGUGCCUAUUCCACAUGGUUCCCACGUUACCGAGACCAAGGAUGAUGUCGAGAGAAAUGGUAGAGUAUUUAGUGACGGUUGCGGAACGCUGUCACUGGAGCUUCUCCGUAAAGUUUGGGCAGCUCUUCCACCCGAGCGCAGACAGCUGAGACCGACUGUUUUGCAGAUUCGCUACCGAGGUGCUAAAGGAGUUUUGUCUCUUGAUACUUCUCUGCCCGGAAAACAGCUCCACGUCCGCAAAAGCAUGACAAAAUACAUAGCCAGAGAGACCUGGAGAGACCUAGAGCUUUGUGGGGCGGCGUAUAAACCCUUGACGGUGUAUCUCAACCACCAGUUCAUAAAGAUAUUAGAGGAUUUGGGUGUCCCUACAAGGAAUUUCUUGGCUGUACAAAAUGAGGCCGUCAACGAACUGAAACGUAUCACCGAGCAUCCUUUGAAUGCUGCCAGCUUCUUAGAAUAUUCACACUCUGGUGUUUUUGCCAAAAUUCCACUGCUGUUUGAGCUGAUGCACCAGAUGGACUUGUCAUUUCAUGCGGAUCGCUUCUUGAUCGACAUUGUAGAGGUCGCAGCCAUGUCGAGCCUCAGAAGUCUCAAAUAUCGCGCUCGAAUUCCGAUCAAGCAUGGCUAUCUCUUGUACGGCAUCAUGGAUGAGACAAAUACUCUGAAGUAUGGCGAGGUGUAUAUUCGAACACAGGAGUGUGAUGCGAGCGGUAAGCUGAGAAAACUGACCCUUGUCGGCGAGCGGAUCGUCAUCACCAGAGCUCCAGCACUGCAUCCUGGCGACGUCCAACUAGUUACUGCAGUAGAUAUCCCAAAGGACUCGGCUCUCCAGGGCCUCCAUAACUGCGUUGUGUUCUCGCAACAGGGGCCGCGCGACCUGCCAUCACAACUCAGCGGAGGAGAUCUCGACGGAGACCUGUUCCAUGUCAUCUAUGAUGAGCGGCUCAUUCCCGACUUUACCACGGAGCCAGCAGAGUAUGAAAAGACACCUGCCAAGGAUUUGGGCCGUCCCGUUGAGGUCGAUGACAUUAUUGACUUUUUCAUCGAAUACAUGAAUAUGGAUCGUCUGGGUCAGAUCUCAAACAAGCACAAGAUUCGGGCUGACGUAAAGCCUGACGGGACACGUGAUCCUGAGUGUCUGCUCCUUGCAAAGCUUGCGUCUGAUGCUGUCGAUUUCAGUAAGUCGGGUGUUCCAGCUGAUAUGGAUCUCAUACCACGAGGAAACUAUUCCCUCCGUCCUGACUUUAUGGCGCCGGGCUCGAACUUGGUCAUCAACGAGAUGGGUGCGGCGGAGCUCGCAGAACUCGAAGAAGACGACAUUGACGACCCUGAUAGCGUUAGCUUGCUAGAUGCCGACAAGGCCAGAAUUCGCUACUACCGGAGCAACAAGAUCCUUGGGGUGUUGUACCGCGCCAUUGACGAGAAGAAGUUCUUUGAUAAGAUGAAGAACGAUUUUGAAACAUUCCGAGAGAGCUGGGGAGGCGAGUCUUUGGUCCAAAAGCUCAAGCGUUAUAUCGAACGCGAAACGAGGGGACUGCAGUGGGAGCAUCAUUGGCAAUUCGGAGAAGAGCUACGCGAAAUCUACGAAGACAACAUGUUUGAGAUUAUGGACACUCUACGUCCCACGCGCGGCGCGCCCCUUACCGAACUUGAAGUAUUUAGUGGAAACAUUCUCGGCAAGAAGGAACGAGCCCCUUCUCGGUAUAUUCGUGAGGCAAAUCUCGAAGUCCAGGAGCGCUUCAAUCGCGAUGUUAGCGGCAUAAUCAGAAUGAUUAUUUCGGGCGAGCAGGACUCGGAUGUCGAUGGGGGCACCGAGGCGUUACCGCGAUCCAUUGCGUGCUUCAUGGUGGCAUUGGAGGUCGAGGGCUGGGAGAACUAUCGCAGUCUGAAGAGUUGGAAGUACGUGACUGCUGCUGUCUGCUUGGAGCAAUUGUGCAAGUACAACGGUGGAAGGCUGCGGCGACUCUGA